CCCGAGUCAGCCGUGACAUCAAGAUCAAGAUCAGAAUCAGCUGCUCGUCGUCGCCGCCGCCGCCGCUGCCAUGGCCUCGUAUUUCGGCAUUGACAAGAUCUUCAAGGCCCUGCGCAUCAUCAGGGACCACGGCGGCAUCAGGGCGUCCCUCUACCAGCUGUACAGGGUGGACGACCUCAAGGACGGCACGUUGGUGGGCGAGGACGCUCUCGGCAACAAGUACUAUGAGAACAAGCAGCUGACCCUCGGCCGUAACCGCUGGGUCAUCUACAACCCGAGUGUUGGCACCGACUACGACGCCUCCAUGGUGCCGGCGGAGUGGUUCGGUUGGCUGCACCACAAGACUGACCAGCCGCCAACUGUGGUGCCCCCAACGGCCUACACCUGGCAGAGUGGCCACCAGGAGAACGUGACGGGGACCGCAGACGCCUUCACCCCCUACAGCACCACCAGGCCCAAGGUGGAGGCAUGGACCCCGCCCAGGAGGGCGUGAGACCUCUCUCCAUCUCUCCCUCCCCGUAGACAUAGUGGCUAGGGCUGGUUUUCUGUAUCCCUCUGAGGUGAAUCCUCCAGGCUUCCUCCUUGCCCCAGUGCAUGAGGCUGGCCAUCCACUGGUCCAUGAUCCACGACCGUCAGCCAAAAGUAGGGUGUGUGGAGGAAGGCUAAAAAGCAUCCAUUGAACCUACACAGCUCUGGCUGUGGCAGGAAUAUCAACACUUGUCUUCCCUUUGAAAUCAUCCUUCCUCAAAAGUUCAAUAAGCUGAGCUUAAACUUGCUUAAUGAACACUAAAUAGUGUGCCUGAUAGUUCAGCAAAUGGAUCAUAAAACUUGUGUGGCACACGGCCAACACUGUGCCGCAGACACAGCUGUGGAGGCAGGUGUGGACAUGUGUCACAGGUCACGGACAAGUGGAUGCCCGGCCUAACAGCAGCAGGAAGAGAGACCAUGAUGGAGAGCUAUUCCCAUAAAAUGAGAGAAUGGAGUUGAACCUUGUUGCUGAAGAGCAGCCAACUGUUUUGAGUUCAGGAAGAAGUUAACAGCUCAGAUCCUGGUGAGGUGGUGCACAAAUACCAUGCAGGCACAUCACUUGUGUUACACUUUAAGGUUUUGAAGGUGCAGAGAAAAGGACUGGUGAACCAUCUGACUCCUAUAAAAUUACCAUACUUGUUUGUGUGUGGGUGUGGGUGUUGAAGUUAAUGCCUCAGAAAACAAUGUGUCGUCCAGCAGCCAUGCAGAAAUAUGACCUGUAUGAGUGUUUAUUGUGUUCAAGGUUACUAAGAAGACAAUGAUGAGCCAAGCAAUCCCUGGUGUGUGGGAGUCCCUUCCCUGCAGUAAUGUGCCCACCUCCCCUCUCUUUUUCACUCCAGCAAGGAAGGGAAAGGUGACUGUGGCUUGUUAUUUAUUUUUCCAUGGUUUAUGUUUCACUUUUUGUAUUGAUAGCUUCUGAUGCACUGGGGUCUGAAGGAAGCCAGGUUAUCACAAGAGGAAAAUAAAUGUAAAUAUGUACAUUGAAAGUACAA